AUGGAUGUAAAAAGAAAUAAAUAAUUUGAUAAUGAAGAUAUUUCAAGCAUUUAAGAUUAUGAAUUGAAUUCAACAUUUACAGUCAUUGAUAAUAAAUCCAUGAUAUUUAUUUCUGAUUAACCAUAUUUCAGAGCUAAGGAUCAAUCUGAGGUGAGUGAAGAAGCUGACUUUGCUUCUGGCUUCCUCACAAAUCAAAACAGUUCUUACUAGGAUUCAGUCCAAUCGUCAUUUAUAAGCAAAUUAAGCAAUCCAAACAGAUAAAUAAAACAAAUAGUGCCAAAGAUACCUCUUCAAUAAAAUUAAAAAAACUAUUAGCAGACAAUUUAUGAAGCUGAUGAAGUCAUUUCAUUAAAUACUCAAACAACAAUAUCUAGUCUAAACGAUGAGUAAAAAGAUGAGAUGUUCUUAGAGGGUUUCAAAUUAAAAUGGGAUGAUUUAAUAGGAGUUGACGAAUAAAAGAAAGUUAUAUACUAAAUGAUUAUGAUGCCACUUAGACUUCCUAAUUUUUUUAAAAAAAUAUCUCCCACAAAUACUUUGUUGAUUUAUGGACCUUAAAAUUGUGGCAAGGCUUCAAUAGUGAAAUGCUUAGCUAACUAAUUCAAAGAAAUCAAAGUGACAUAUGUAAAAGCAAGUUUAAUGCUUAACAAAAGAAAUGGCGAGGAAUUUAUAGAUCCUAAAAAAGUAUUUAGAGAAGUAAAAAAAUACAAGAAAGUGCUUAUUUAUAUAGAAGACAUUGAUGAUAUUUUUGGAUUUAAACAUUAAGUUCCUGAUUAAGAAUAGGAUCAGAUUAUAUAAUCAUAACAGUGUUCAUAAUAUAUUUUAUCUUCGUUACAAGAAAUUCAAAAGUAAAAGGGAGUGUUUAUAUUUGCUUCUUCUAGAUGCCCAUGGAAAUUAAGCUAAAAGUUAUAAAUGUUUUUUUAAAAAUUCAUAAAAAUUAAAUGGCCAAAUAAAGAAUAAAAGUUUUAUUUAAUUAAGAAAUAAUUAAAACUUUUGAAUAUUACUUCUUUGUAAGAUAGCCAAAUCAAAAAUAUUUCAUCUAGAGCUAAAAGAUACUCUUGCUUAGAAAUUAUUAGAAUGGUAGAAUAUCUGCAUCAAUAAGCUACUGAGAGAGCAAAAUAUAAUAUAAAAAUAAUUUAAGACAACAAAGAAAAAGGAUAUUCGCUUUUUAACUCAGAAUAACCUUAGGAGGAUGAUUUUCUAGAAUAUAUUUAAAAAAAUAAAAGCGAGCUUGUAGAAUAUGAUAAAUAGAGCUUUGAUAGCUAUGAAGAAACUGUUAAAGAAAAGUAUAAAACAGAAUUUCAAAAAAGAGAGGAAAUGUUAAGAAUUUGA